ACAUGUCUCGAAUUGUCAUUUGAAAAUUAAUUAUGACAAUUGUCUUGGAAUUGUUAUCAAACGCGUCAUUUUCCUUUCUGCAAAUUUUGCGCAUAGUAUUAUUCGUAAAGAUCUGCUUGUGAGAGAAAAUAGAGGAGCUAUAUUUGAAGAACAAAAGAAUCGAAUUAUGAUUCGGUAUCAUAGCGGGGUGGUAACGACAAUAACUUGAAGCCGAUAAACGGAUUUAUCUUGCUUACAAAGGAACGCCGAGGUCCCUCACCCCGAGAAUCCGCGAUAGAGAGCGGAAUCAAAGAUGGAGGAGACGUUUUCAGAGUCGGUGCAUCAGCGCACCGAUCUCCUCGUAACCGCGCCAUUGCAUUGACAUCGAUGACACGAGGAUGAUCGUUUGUCGUGGAGCGCUAUGGAUAAUCGCGGUGCUCGUUCUCCUCGCAAGUAUCUCGGCGUCUGUAAAGUCACGAAGCAGGCCCACGACGGAAGUUUGGCAUCAACAGCGGUCCAGCGCCAAACCUACGCUCGUAAAAGUGAUACGUGAGAAUCGCGAGGAUAAUGAGUUUUUCGCAUUAUCGAAUCGCACGCGAAUCAGGAUUCCGUCGAAUUAUUUGAGCAGAACGAGAAGAAGCCACGACGACGAUUAUACCGCGCGAAGAAACGCGAGCGAUUAUUACGCGGAGCGUAGAGCCGUCAUGGAAAGAUACUACGCGCGACAGCGUGAGAUAAACGCGCGAUACGCUAAUCGAACGAGCAGCAUCUCGGAAUCGAAACGUAACGACGUUGCGUCGCAGCAUCGGCCGGUGACGAGGAACGCCACUCUCCUUAAUCUCGGACACGAGUUUAAGGAUUCGAAAGACAGCGCGACCCUUCGCUAUCCGUACAUAAGGAUCCAGCCGAUGUACAGCAACGGAUCGUGGAACAACGGGAUAUCGUUCGAGCCGGAGAUUCGACGAGAUAUCGCGCCGAGGGUCAACCUGCGUUUCAAAUUCGACGCGAAUUCGUCGCAAACAAGAAAUAAUGAUAACAUCGAGAGAAACGCUUUGGAUUAUUACGUCACACCCACACCGUGCACCAACGUGUCGUUGUCUGGUACAUUUGAGCCUAAAGCACACACCAAACACGCUAUAAAUUGCACCCAGGAAACAGAGCAGAAGUCCAAUCGCACGAAUAAUAACAAUUCCACUGGCGACUAUCAAAAUUGGGGAACGUGCGAAGGGAAGAUCGUGUAUCAACAUAACUUGCUUCUAGGGUUGAAGGGUCCCUCGAAUCUCGAUACGCUUUUUGAAGUAAUCAUUCAAGGUCCUGUCUGUAUCACCUGCGUGGAGGUGUUGCGAUAUAAUGAAACUAGAGCGAUGGUGACGUUAGAUUCCGGCGGACGUGGUCACGAAUUCGUGAAAAUUAGGCUAAAAGGUUACGAGAAUGAAGGAUUUUCCUAUAUAAUAAAGGUUUGGGGUGUCAAAAAGAUUGAUCAGAGUUGCGAUAACUAGUUGAGACACGAAAUAAUAAGCUCAUCUCUCGCCAAAUAACAACUCUACACCAGUCAUAUAAAAAAUCUUAAAAAAUUAUAUUUUUUUUAAUAAAAAAAAUAUAUAUAUUAAUAUGUUGUAUAUAAUGUCGGUAAGAUUUAAUCUUGUAUUCUUACUAUAUGAUAAUAAGCGAGUAAUUUCAAAGCACAAAUAAAAAGACUAAUUGUAA